AUGCUCUCUCUUUUAUAUUCCUAUUUCCUUUUCGUUUCAGGUGUUGCAGCAAAGAACGCAUUUCAAUUUAGGGAUGAUGAUUACGCCCAAUAUCGCACCUUACCAAACCAUCGUAUUAUUAAAUGGAACGUCACUCACUAUGAUCGCUCUGCCAUAGCUCCAGGCUAUUGGUUCACUGCACCUUACUGGAAGCAUGACGGUGAUAGAGAAACAGGCCAAUGGGUCCCGUACCAGAUAGGACCCCAUAUCUUUGAUCAGGAUGGUGCUCUGGUGUGGGCGGGUUCUCAAGAGUGUGAUAACAGACCUUCCUUUGACUUUCGAGUGAUCGAUCUGGCAAGGAUUGGUGUGUCUGGUAUUGAAAUACAGAAACAUCUAGCUUGGAUCAUGUCCUACGAGCCGUAUGCCCCGGAAACCAAUGCCUCUGUGAUGAUAUUCGAUAACCACUACAAUGAGGUCCGCAAUAUUACUAUCCCGUCUGAUGAGUUCGACGGCCAUGACUUCAACGUGAUUGAUAACGGGUCGAAGGCCCUUAUGAUCCGAAUCAGUCGGGAUGUACAAACCCUUGAGGAUUUCGGCCAGCCAGAAAUAUCAGCGCGCAUUGAUAACACUGGCUUCAUGGAGCUUGACCUUCUUUUGUCCCCGAGAGACACAACUCCGCAAAGAAUCGUUGACUGGCGCGCUCGCGGUAGAGUCGGCGUGGAUGAAAGCUAUGUGACCAAUAAGACAUUCCUCCACCCGGACUUCAUGCACGCCAAUGCUAUCGCCAAAAACCAGUACGGUGACUAUAUGCUCUCUGCCCGACACACGAGCACGAUAUAUCUGAUCUCGGGCCGGGAUGGCCAUAUCAUCUGGCGUCUUGGCGGGAAGAAGAAUAACUUCGAUAAGGACUUCAACUUUUUCGGUCAACACGAUGCCAGAUUUAUCUCCGUUAACGAGACAAACUACGUUAUUUCCCUAAUGCAGAACGGUGCCAUCGAUCUCGAUGUCCAGCAACCUGUUUCAUCCGCCAUGUACGUAAACUUGGACGUUGUUAAUAUGAAAGCGACCCUGCUUCAUCAAUAUAUGCGCCCGGACGGAGGAAGCACUGAGCGCCGUGGAAAUAUGCAGACUUUGCCUAACACCAACGUCUUCAAUGGCUGGGCUGCGCGGAGCUAUAUCAGUGAGUACUCGGCUGACGGCAGGCUACUCAUGGAGGCCAAAUUCAUCUCUGAACGAUUCGAUACCUACCGAUCCUACAAAUUCCCCUGGAUUGGCCGCCCUUUAUACCCACCGACGCUAUUGUCUGAAUCAUACGGCGUCAAUGGAUCCGAGAUCUCGACAGCCUUCCAUGUCAGCUGGAAUGGUGCCACUGACAUCGCAUACUGGAGAUUCUUCGCACAAGCAAACUCGACUAGCAAUAGGACAGAAAUCGGCGUUGUUCAGAAAGAUGGAUUCGAGACUUCUUUCAUUGCCCGAGGAUUCAUGGACUGGGUCUCUGUUGAGGCUCUUGAUUCGAACAUGGAGGUGAUGGGUGUUUCUCCCAAUUUACGCACCCCUAGUCCAAAGUACUGGACUGGUGAAACUCUGCCCGAGGCCGAUGACCCCGAAGCCUUCUUGGUGAUUCACACCGAGGCUCCAGCCAAACAAGAUAUCAGCGCCAUGAUUGGACUUUUCAUUGCUGGCCUCUUCUCGGGAGUACUUAUCUGGACUUCGUUCUUUUAUAGAAAUGCCCUGAAACGGUAUGGUCUCCGGUGCUAUUCGGAUUUAAUUUCGAAGUCGGCGGGUUAUCUGCAGUUAUCGACAACUAGUGCUGUCAAUAGCCCAGAUUUAGAGGAGAGGAUGACUUUUCUGACGGACAAAGCUGAAUAA